UGGCUGUUAGUAACUGUCAGCUUCUGUUUGGUCAAAUCAGAUCUUAUGACUUCUGGGAUUCACAAAGUUAGGCUCCAGUUGUUAGACAACCAGUGGAAAAAAGUUCGUAUUUAAAGUUAUUAGUGUUGGCCUGACAAAAAGGUAGCCACAGUGAUGUUCUCGACCUUGAGGAAGUUCUUCAGCUCUAAGAAAGAACUAAAAACCCCUUUGGGGUUUUGUGAUGGCUCGAGUAUUGGAAAGGGGAGCUUGUCCUGUUGUGACUGUUGGACGGAGGAUAGGUACGCACAGCCUUAUGACCCAGAGAAUAAGUUCCAUGAAGCGGUUUGUGAAGGAAGGAGCAAGGUGGUGCUGCGCCUUAUCUCUAAGAAGAAGUUUCACGUAAAUGACAAGGAUGAAAGGAAUCGAACUGCACUCCAUUUCGCCUGCUUUUAUGGCCAUCUGAAUCUGGUUAAUUUCCUUUUACGUAAUAAAUGCAACGUUAAUGCACUUGAUGAUCAAAAGUGCACACCGCUAAUGAAGGCUGUACAGAGCUGGGAGACAAAGAUUGUUUCUGUCCUCCUUGAUAAUGAAGCAGAUCCCAAUAUUAAAGAUUCUAAGGGAGAAACAGCAUUACAUCAGGCAGUGUAUGUAAACAGGCCAGAGAUUGUCACUAUUGCCAGCAGUCUUCUUGAAUUUGGGGGAAACAUUGAGGAAACUACAAAGGAUGGAUUUACACCUCUGCUGCUAGCACUCAGAGAAAGGAAACUUCUCAUGGCUAAACAUUUAAUAAAUCAUGGUGCAAACAUUUAUGUAUGUGAUGACUUUCAAAGAACAACGCUCAUGUAUGCAGUUAAAUGGGAUUCUGAGGAUAUUGUUGAGCUGUUACUGAAGAAAGGUAUGGACCACUCCACAAAGGAUGCAUUUGGGUGGAGUUCACUGCAGUACGCCGUGGCAGGAAAACGCAAAGUAGAGAGUAUAAUUUUGGAGUAUGAGGACUUGCUACUCUCAAGUCAACAGAGUGACAUUGCAGAAAAUCAGCCUGAAUACAUCACUUUAUCACGAUAUUACCUCAAAUCAGAGUCACUAAUUUCUAUGUAUUCAAGGAUUGAGAACAAAGCUAGCUUUGAGACACAGCAAGACAUUCCCGAGAAUAUUCUGGAAAAUGAUGCAGAUGACUUACCAUUGGCUUUCAAGCAGUACAGAAAUGUAGAAGCCCUAGAAGAAGAAGCAGAAGUAGAAACAAUACCAGAUUUAAAGCUGGAAAAUGAAAAUGCUUGUAAUAAGAAUGAAGGCCAUCAAAAAUUGAGUGUUUUUGACCCUAAUAUACUGGAGGAGGAUUCCAGAAAAGCUGACCAAUCAUGUAGAACUGAUACAGGAAAAAAUGAAAUAAACCAAGUGUGGGCCUACAAAUGUCUUCACCCAGAGCUGAGGGAUUAUGCCCACCAGAUCUCCAAACCAAAGUCUGAACCACAUCAGUUUCAACCAGAAGCUGGCAUAGAAGACCAAAAGCAGACUUCAGAAGAAGAGCAGAAACAAUACAGUGGUGGAAAAAUCAAGUGACCAUUUAACUAGAGCAAACUUUCCACCACAUCUCACAAUUUCUUUGAUCAUCCCAAGAGGACAGCUGCAGAGGAAUUCUAUUCCUUCUCCAUUAAUUUGUUCAAGAAAACCAUGUUUAUUUUGUGUUUUAUUAUAUUGUCAUAUAUUAUACUAUUAUUAUCUUGUGUUUAUUUCCAUGUGUUUGUUUUAUUUUUAUGUUAUAUUUUAGUUAUUUUCAGUGUUUAUUUUAUAUUUAUCUUCCUUCCCUUGAUGUGAAUAUUGUUUAUCUGUAUAUAUUUAUUUGGUUUGUAAUACACCCCUUCUAAAAAGACAUCAUUUUGAUU